UAGAGACGAAAGGUGGCACAACCACACACCCCUAUACGCCUGAAGAAGAGGCCAAGGCCGCCGCCAUCCUGAAAGAGAGAAGGGAGAAGAAGGAGGCCAAGAAGAAGGCCCUCCAGGAAGAGCAGGUGGCAAAGUUGAAAAAGAUAGAGGAAGAGAUGGCCAGAGAGAAGGAGAAGUUGAGGAAAGAAGAAGAAGCGAAGUUGAAGGAGGUGGAAGAAGAAGAGGAGGAAGAUGAUCAGCCACUGGAAAGGAGAAGAGAACAGCGAGGGCAGUACAAUGGCAGCAAGGAUGAGGAGAUGGAGAAGAGGAUCUCAUAAUGGGUCGCCAAUUUAUCCUUGGGGGAAGAAGAAGAGAUAGUCAUGUAUAUCCCCAAGGAUGAGCAGGAAGCCGCUAUGAAGGAGUGGGAAGCAGAAGGAGAUGUUUUGAAGCGGCAGGCAAUGGAGGAUGAAAAAAGGAUGGAAUGGAAGUUAAGGAUGAUGAGGGAGAAGAAGAAGAGGGUGGAUGCAGCGAGCGAAGCGGUCAAAGAUCUGGAGGAGGUGCAAAGACUGACUCUACGGUUGACCCCUCAGGUAGACCUCCAACAAAAGGUAGAGAUUAUUGCCCAGAGUGUUGAGCGUUUGACCCGAGUGCAGGAACAACAAUAUGAGUUUAGUCGAAGUCAGGAUACGGCCGUGCGUUCGAUGCGGAUGGGAUUUCGGGACUUUGCUCGCGAACUGGUAGGCGCAGUAGGAGCCGAGGUGAACCAUCGCCUUGAGAAGACUGAACGCUUCUGCGUCGGCGCCAUUGAAGGCGUCAAGGCGACAGCUCCCAAGGAGGAGGAGGCACGUCCUCGUAGGGAGCCAGUCAAAGUCAAGUUCCUUGAUUCCUACAGUGGAAAAAGGGAAGAAAACUUUGACAAUCGGGAGGCCAAUGUCAAGACCUAUGUGCAUUUGCAACAGGUCUCCCCAGAUCAGCACGUGCUGAUUGCGAUUCAUGCGCUUAGGGAUGAAGCCGCCAGUUUCGCGAGGUCCCUCGUCCGCGCUGCCAACUGCAAUGAAGAUGCAGUUGCGUACUCCACAUUCACCCCCCUCGUUGAAUUUAUGAAAUUGUUGCGCGAGCGAUUCGCUGAUGUUGCUCGUAGUGUUAAAGCCUCUGAUAGGCUGCAAACUAUCCAUUCCCGUCAGUGGAAGAGCGCGAGGGCACUCAAAAGCACAAUGGAUGAGUUAGUGGUUGUUCCUGACCACGGGGUCACAGAGCCCCAAUUGGUCAACCUCUUCUACCGGGCUAUGCCCRAAAYGUUUAGAGGGCACUUCUUCRCGAAGAGCCAAGACCCUGCUAUGACGUAUGAUGCGCUUAGCAGGGAAGUGGUSGCGUUUGAGGCRAAGUCUGUGUCAGUUUCCACUUUCUGGCACAARGACUUAGACAAGGGAAARAAGUGGAAGGGUCGCACUAUCUSAGGGCAAGUYAAGACKAAGGAUAGYCUUGUCCUGACCUUAGACGAAGGUAGUGUYGACGAGAUCCCCUACGAACAGAUUGAGUGGGGGUUAGARGAGGAGGACAGCGGUGCGAGCCAGGAGAGAACUUACGCUGUUGUCGCGGCUGGAGGGAGGCCGCAAGGARGAGGRCRAGGCYAGGGCCAAGGGGGCCGGGCCUCAGGGAGCCGGUUUCAGGGCGAUCAGGGGGUUGGCGGCAAAGGAGGAAACCGCCAAGCGGGAGGAAGGGGUCAAGGUCCCCCGCAAAACCGUCCUAGGAAUAGGUCUCCCUAUAGGGCGUAUUUCCGCCUAGAGAAGGAUGGGAAAGUGGAGAAGGUUCUCCACUCCCUGACUCUCCUCGUAGAAGACAACCUCCCAUUCGAUAUCGUCCUGGGAAUGGAUUGGGGAGAGGCAGCCGGGGCCACACUCCAUUUAAAGGAGCACGAGUGUAGGCUCCCUAGCCCUGCAGGCAAGGCUAAGACUGCCCGCCUGUUUCAUGUGUCAGGAGUAGAGAACCCCCUGGCACAUUGCUGCCUUAGUGCUCUUGCGUUCGCAAGACUAGUGAAAAAGGAGCAACUGGAGGAACAAGUCUUUGUUGCCUAUGUUAGGCCAGUUACUGAGCCUACGAAAGAAAAGCCUAUAGACCCUGCGAUUGCCAAGCUACUGGAGGAGUUCAAAGAUUUAACUGAGCCGCCGAUAGGAGUAGUGCCGCGACCUAUCCAGCAUCGCAUCGAAAUUGAGCCUUGCAGUAGAAAUCCCAAAGGAGCUGUGUAUCGAAUGUCCCCGCGGGAGUUAGAGGAGCUUCGCAAACAGUUGGACGAGCUCCUUGAAAAGGGUUGGAUUAAGCCGAGCUCGUCUCCUUUUGGAGCAUAUGUCCUCUUUGUCCCCAAGAAGGAGGGAGAGCUGAGGAUGUGUAUAGACUACAGGGGUCUGAAUGCUAUUACAGUAAAGAAUGCUGAGCCACUGCCUAGGAUAGACGAUCUCCUAGAUCGAGUGCAGGGGGCGAAGUACUUCUCCAAGAUAGAUUUAAAGUCCGGAUACCAUCAGAUAGAGGUGCACCCUGAUGAUCAGUACAAGACAGCUUUCCGGACUAGAUAUGGGCACUACGAGUUCAUAGUGAUGCCCUUUGGACUAACCAACGCGCCAGCUACGUUCCAGCGCUGUAUGAACGAUUUGUUUAGGCCAUGGUUAGAUAGAUUUGUUGUUGUCUACUUAGAUGAUAUCUUAGUGUUUGGCAAGACCCUCCAAGAACACCAGGGUCAUCUSAGGCAGGUCUUGGAGAAGCUUAGAGAAGCUAACUUCAAGAUCAAUGCAAAGAAGUGUGAUUGGGCGAAGACCCAAGUCUUAUAUCUAGGCCAUGUCUUAGACGGAGACGGCGUUAAGCCAGAAGAUUGUAAAAUCGCAGCGAUUAGAAAUUGGCCCACGCCACGCACGCUGACAGAGUUGCGAUCAUUUUUGGGCUUAGCUAACUACUAUAGGAAGUUCGUAAGGAACUUCUCCACUAUCGUUGCGCCCCUUCGCAGAUUGCUGAGAAAGGAAGCCAUCUGGAAGUGGGAUAAGGACUGCACAUCUGCUAUGAAGAAGCUGAAGCAGGCACUAAUAGAAUAUCCAGUCCUUAAGAUAGCCGAUCCGUCCUUGCCCUUUGUCGUCACUACGGAUGCUAGCCAGUACGGCAUAGGUGCGAUGUUGCAGCAAGACGAUGGCAAUGGUUAUAGACCCGUAGAGUUCAUGUCCGCUAGGAUGCCUUCAGAGAAGGUUGCGACAUCUACCUAUGAGAAGGAACUCUACGCUCUCAGACAAGCAUUAGAAUACUGGAAGCAUUACUUGCUUGAGAGGCACUUCAAAGUCUAUUCUGACCACGAGACAUUGCGAUGGUUAAAGACGCAGGCCAAGAUGACACCUAAGCUUACUAGGUGGGCCGCAGAAAUAGAUCAAUAUGACUGUGAGCUCAAGCCGGUCAAAGCGAAGUAUAACGUAGUCGCGGAUGCUCUGAGUAGGAGAGCUGAUUACUUUGGGGCCAUAGUCCAUUAUCUAGAUAUAGGGUCAGACCUACAACAAAAAGUUAAAGAGGCGUACGCGCAGGACCCCAUCUAUAGUGAGCUCCUUAAGAGAGUUAAGGAAGCCCCAGAGUCCGAGCCAUAUUACCGCACUACUGAUGGGUUGUUGUUUGAGAAGACUAACGUAGUAGACCAUUUGUGCGUCCCCAACAGUGAAGAGAUCCGGAGUCUGAUCUUGGGGGAAUGUCACGACACCGAAGGACACUUUGGUUGGCAGAAGACUUUAGCCAACCUGAUGCACGCGUACACCCGACCAGGAAUGAAAAAUUACUGGAUAGAGUAUGUUCGCAGUUGCAAAGUCUGCCAGAGGAAUAAGUCAACUACGUGUGCCCCUUUAGGUCUUCUCAGACCUUUACCUAUCCCUGAACAGCCGGUAGAUUCAGUGUCCAUUGACUUCAUGGACACCGGCGUUAAGAGUAGGCAUGGCAAGAGCCAAGUUAUGGUCGUAGUAGACAGAUUCAGUAAGUAUGUUAUUUUUGUUCCCUUGUCGUCAGAAGCCAGAACAAAAUUAGUAAUUUAGAAGUUCUUUGAUCACUGGUUCAGUGAACACGUGGUUCCGCUGUCUAUAGUUAGCGAUAGAGAUACCCGGUUCACAAGUCUAAACUGGC